UUUCUCGUUUCCCACAUGCAUUUUUCACCUGCUCUUACCUGGCCUUAUCUCCCCUCAGGCCCCGCUCGUCCUCGCCGAGUCCGGCCCGCGCCGGGGCCGCGCCGGGCGCGCGCGGGGCCGAACGCAGCGCCCCCCUCAGGCCGUUGCGCCGCGGCCGUUGGCGCCAGUCGGAGACAGAUCGGUGCCAUGGCGGAGCUGCCGCUGCCCGCCGGACUCAAUGCCAGCACCUUCCCCGCCAAGCUGUGGCGCCUGGUGAACAGCCCCCGCGUCCGCUCCGUGCGCUGGGACAGCCAGGCCCAGGGCUUGCUCAUCGACCGCUUCCUCUUCGAGCGGGAGCUGCUCAGCCCGGCCGGCGCCCACGGAGGGGGCGGCCAGGGGGCGGGGGCGGCCCCGGACUCCUUCAAAGCCACGCACUUUGGCAGUUUCGUGCGCCAGCUCAACCUCUACGGCUUCCAAAAGGUGCCGGCAUGGCUUGGCUCAGCUGUGCCGGGCGAUGCCGGGGCUUGGCUGCACUUUAUGAACCCAAACUUCCGCCGCGACCGCCCCGAGCUCCUGCUCCGCAUCAAACGCCUGACCAGGGCCAACAGGCAGAGACUGGCGGCGGGGCUGGAGGUGCGGAGCCGCCAGCCCAGCCGCCUCCAGCGGCUCCCCACGGAGCGGUCGCUGCCCGCCUUCCCCAGCGGGCAGCCGCCCAGAGCCGCUCCCUUGCUCCAGAAGCGCGAUGCUGCCUCACCUGAGGAUUCAGAGCUGCCUCCAGGCCCUUGCAGGAGAAGUGCAGGUGCUCAGGAGAGUGAGGCUUCCCCAGCACCUGCCAAGAAAGUCUGUGCCACCUCUGCACUUGUUGGGGCUUCACCAGUGGAACCAUCAAGAGAGCUCAUCCAGAGAUUUAAUCUCCGCAAGCUCACGGUUCCACUGGUUCGCCUGGACCUGAAACGCCAUCCUGAGCUCAUGGUUCGCCUCACUCCAGUCGACCCUGAAGCUGCUUGCAGGGCCCUUGGACAGAGCAACAGCUGCUCAUCUUCUCAGCAGCACAGCCCAGCCUGCCACCCAUCAGCUCCUUGGUGCCAGAAGCGCAGUGCUGCCUCACCUGAGGAUUCAGAGCUGCCUCCAGGCCCUUCCAGGACAAGUCCAGACCCUCAAGGGCAUGAAGCUUCCCCAGCACGUGCCAAGAAAGUGUUUGCUGCAUCUGGACUUGGGGUUUCAUCAGGCCAGCCAGGCACACACAGAUUUCAAUUCCAGCCAGAGCUCAUGACUCCACCAUUUCCUGCGCACCAUCAAAGCACUUCUGCGGCCUCUCCAGAGAGCAGCAGCUGCACUUCUCCAGAGCAGCACUUGCCAGCCAACAUCCCAUCAGCUGCCCCGGGCACUUCAGUCCCCAGUGCUCCAGCUGGCAGUGCUGGUUAUGCAGCAUGGAGAGCCCCAAGCUGGGUCUGGAGUACUCCUGGGGAAGAGGAAUUGCCACCGCUGGAUCUGGACCUUGUUCUGGAGACACUGGAGGAGAUGCUUUCACCAUCUGUGCCUGAAAGGUCUCCCUCUGCUCAGGUCAAUGCUAGUGUUGCCCGUGGCUCUUCAGGAGGGGAGGCUGUGAACAAGGCUGCAGCAGAGGGAGCUUUGCCUGCUUGCGGGAGCUGUGUGAACGUUUGCCAGGAGCCCGAGGAGCUUGAUAUCCAUGUGAUCUACCUGGCCAGAAGGGCUGCCCUGCGUGGGAAGAAGGAUCAGAGGGAGAGCCUGUGACCAUCGGGCAGGUGGCAUCCCUCUGUUUAUAGAUAUAGUUAGAGAUUUUUUAUCUUGAUUUAUUUAUCCAUAUAGUUACAAGUAUAGAUUGAUAGAGUUGUAUUUAUAGGUGUUUCUAUUUAUCCAUCUGUAGAGUUUGUAUGUAUAGUUAUGGAUGUGAUAGGAUUUUAUUUCUAUGUAUACAGUUAGAUUUAUAGAUUUUCAAAUUUGCAUUUAUAUAUGUAGAGAGUAACAUUUAUAUGCGCACACAGUUCCAUUUCUAAAUGUGCAUAGUUAUUUAGUUCGAGUUAUCUGGAUGUAUAGGUCCAUAGAUUGAGCUGUGCCUAGGCUGCAUUUUUGCCUCUUUCCCCCUUGGCUGCCUUUUUCAUCUCUUGUUUUUCCCGCUGUGCCCCUUGUGUCCCCCUGUGCUGGGUCCGAGCUGGGGCCGGGCCAGGCGGAGCAGCAGUUGCAGCCCUGGCUGUCCCUGGAGCGGUGGGAGCUGCCGCUGGCCCCAGGCACUGUCCUGUGAGGAGCUGCUGAAGGACGCUGAGACUGAGGGGGCUGAGGAGGCGCUGAUGCUGAAGGGACCUUGCAAACCUUGAGCUGUCCUGAAGAGCUUGAGGACAGCCAGACACUGAGAGGAGCCAGCAGGGAGAAGCUGAAGGCCUGGAGCAAGAG